AUGGCUGAUAAAUUUGAACGUCAGAAAUCGGCUCGUUGGGUCGACGCAAAGGCCCCUUCGUAUGGCGAUGACUGGGGCAUGUACAAUGAUGACGAAAUUGAAUCGGAGGCGCACGGCCUAGAACCUUUGCCUGAUAUUGCCGAGACAAUAUGUACACAGCAAAGCGUUUUGAGUGGAGUCUCUAGUCAAACAGCACAAACUACCGAGAAUAGUCACGAUGAAUCAAGCAAAGUACUUCCGGUUGUUCCAGUUCCUCUCGUGCUCUCGAUUGAUAAGGGGGUGGGUGCCUUUGACAGUCAAUCUCCCAAAACGCCUGCUACCCCUGAACAAGAACCAAUUGACCAGUCUGAAAGCCAUGUGAAUGAAAGCGAAAAACUGUCCACUGAUGUGAGAUAUACAAAUGGAUUCGAUACAACCCAGUCAGAUCAGAGUUCCGGUUCAGAUAUGGAUUCCAUACAAGAAGAGCCACAGGAGUUGCACCUCGCUGGAACAAGAAAUCAGGAUGCAGUGCUUGAGACAACAGAGCCACUCAAUUCUGCUCCUGAGCCUUUAGUUCUAUCUAUAGAUCGGAUGAACUUGUAUUCUAAUGACGAUCUGAGUUUCGACGAAGAAAGCAUGCCAUCCUCACCUCUCAGAGUCGCAAAGCCAACUGGUGUACACAGCAUUGAGCAAACACACGAUGAUUAUGACGAGGAAUUGCGAAAUAAUUCGGAUCCUAUAAAUCACAGCCAAACUGAGGCGACCACACAACCACGUCAUAGAGUUCAGACAGAAGCGUUGGAUUCACUCAUAAACGAUCUACUGCAGCUUGAAAAGCUGUCACUCGCGUCUCUUGACGAUAGUGGGGCAGAGCAGCUGUCUUUAGACCUGCGGGCUCAUCAAGUGACACCAGCUGCUAUAGAUAUUUCUGCUACCUUAUCCGAUAUGGAGUCGCCUACGAGCCUCUUCAAGAAACACGAGUCUUUCAUCUCAGACUUGAAGGAGAGAAGAGCAUCGAUUAGAAAAGCUCCUCCCAUUGUGGAUUCAACUUCAAAUGACUUGGCUAAAUCGGUGCUAUCACAAGAGGCAGCGACGGCUGAUACUGAGCAAGACACUGUCAAUGAAUUGGACCCAGUGGAGUCAAAUGGUUCCAUAUCGACUGGCAGUCCUUCUUUUGUCGCCAGUGUUCCAUCUCUUCCUAUAGAAGAAGCGGAAAUUUCGCGAAAAGACUCAACUGUAUCAAGUAUGGUAUUCUCGAUGGGUUCAUGGAAACCGAAUACGAAUAACUACAGAGAUCGCUUUGUAAGUAACAACGAUAACGAAUCGAAUAUGAAUGUGAGUAUGUAUCACGAGGGGGAAUCGGGAUAUUCCAAAUUUACGGCGGGAAUGCGUCCUAUAUCCGGCUACGCAGAGUCUUUUGCAAACUCAAGUUGCAUUUCUGUGCCAGACACUAUUGAAGCAAACCUACAUAGCAUAAACGAAGUGCAAAGUGAUGGUGACGAUCCCAGUCUCGAGAUUAUGUCAAUGGGAACUGCCAAGGAAGCACACGCAGGAGUUCGGGUGCUGGGCCCUGGCGCUACGACACCAUCGAUUCUUCGGGAAAACGUUUACGGAAGCGGAAAGUUCCAAGAAAAAAUUUCUAGCGACAAUUUCAGCGAUGGCAGACCGGAGGCUUCCGUUGAGACAUUAGGACUAGAUACCAGUGCAGAUGGCGACAAGAGGCAAAUUGAAACAGAAAAAGCAACCGCGUAUCCUGUGUUUAAUUGGCAAAAGAUCAUGAAAACGUCACAGGCGAUUGACAGAAUACAGCUUUUGAAGAAGGCAAGGGAGGACGAAAAAGCAUAUGAUACUGGAUUACUGACAUGGUUGAAUGAGACUUUGCACACAACAGAUCUGUCAUCUAAUAUUCAAAUUGGUUUAUUGGCGACUCAAGCUUACAAAAACGCUCCUCACAAUGAUAUUAGAAGGCAUAUUUCCCUCCGCAGUAAAGUCAGCAUGGUUAAGGACAAGAUGGACUCUGGUGCAAGUUUUGGAAGAAGAUUCUUGAGCAAGGGUAAAAAACUCAUGAAAUCUGGCUCUGAUUCAUAA